GGAAGUUUCAAAUCGUGAAAGAUGGUGUCAAGACUGAUUAUGACCACCUUCAUAGCGAAGAAUUGGUUUCUUAUUGGGUUGUUCAUGGCAAUAUUUCUUGCUAAAUUAGAGCCCAGUGUUGGUAAAAAAGGUGGUAUUCUGAUGCCUGAAAUAACAAUAAAGUACUUUGCUGUUUGUCUGAUCUUUUUGAACAGUGGACUAUCCCUUAAAUCAGAAGAGUUUAAGAAGGCAAUGUCUCAGGUCCAACUGCACACCUUCAUCCAGAUGUUUACCAUGAUGUUUAUUCCUGUUUUCAUGCAGUUUGUGGCAAUUGUUCUCACCAAUCACGGCCUGCUCAGCCCCACCCUGAUUAACGGAUUUAUUGUGGUCAGUUGUAUGCCCCCACCUGUUUCUUCUGCUGCUAUUCUCACUAAAGCUGUUGGAGGAAAUGAUGCUGCUGCCAUAUUCAACUCAGCUCUAGGUAGCUUCAUUGGUAUAUUUGUCUCUCCAGUCCUCAUACUGAUGACACUAGGUCUCUCUGGAGAUGUCCCUUUCUUCAAAAUCUUUGCUCAGUUGUGCUGCACUGUUGUGUUGCCUAUUAUGAUUGGACAAUAUAUCCGCCCUAAAAUUGUCCACUGGAUGGAGGAGAAGAAACCUCCUUUUGGUACAAUAGCGAGCUGCACUUUAUUGCUCAUUAUCUACUCUGCAUUUUGUGAUACAUUCUCUAACAAGGACAUUGAUCUGCCACGUUCUGAGCUGGUAACAGUUAUGUUCUGUGUUCUUCUCAUCCAGAUGUUCCUUCUCUACACCGUAUUCUCUGUCUCCCAAUCCUCGUGGUGCAGCUUCAGUCGUGCUGAUACAGUGUGUGCCAUGUAUUGUGCUACUCACAAAAGUCUCACUCUUGGUAUUCCCAUGCUGAAAAUAAUGUAUAGUGGAGAUCCGACUCUCAGCUUCAUUACCAUUCCUCUGUUGAUGUAUCACCCUUGUCAGAUUCUGCUAGGUGGACUGCUUGCACCCAAAUUAAGGACAUGGAUGUUAGAAGAAAAAGUUAUUCCAUUUUAGAUUGAAUUAUUAGUUAGUUUUAUGAAGAAUUUGUGAUGUUUAGUUUGUCUAUUUGAUGGAUUUUCGAGUACAAUAAGCUGGUCGUACUAAUCACUUAAACUUGUUAGUAUGUGGGGUAGAUGAAGCAUGUACAUGAGUAACAGUAUAGCAUGGGUAUUAUAAGCAUUGUACCGGUAUGAAGAUGUGUGGGAUCGGGUUUAAUCCUAUUUAAUCCUACUAGAGAACGCACGUAAUGUUAUUACUUUGGUUAAAUUAUUGCAAACUAGUAUAAACAAAUUGCAAUCACAAAAACAGCUGUCAAGUCAAUCGGCUUUUUUAAUCAUUCCUGAAUGCUGCUGCCCUUUUUUAUCGUUGUUGUUGCACAUGGUUCAGGUUUUUGUGAAUUUAAAUUUUUAAAGAAUACUUUAGGUAGGUAUAUUUUAAAGACUAAAUUAUUAUUUUUGAUAAUCUUGCUUUUAACCUUGUACUAUUUUGACUUUCAACAUGAGCUAAAUUGUUUGACAUAAUGAUAUAAUUUGAUAGUGUAUUUUUUUAUUUUUACAGCUGCCAGCCCCCGGGGUAGAAGAAAAACAUCUCUUGGACACUGAUUACGCUGAUGACAUGGCCAUGUUAGAUAACUCAAAAGAAGGGCUGCAGGAAACCACUGACCUUCUCUGCAAAUACAGUGCCUAUGCGGGUCUGAAGAUUAAUGCUGGCAAAACACAGAGCAUGGUUGUCAGUAAAAGUGCAUCGCAGAGGCCGUAUUCUAAAGACGACACUAUGGACAUCAGUGUGGAAGGUCUCCCAAUACAGCAGGUUAGCAGUUUCACUUACUUGGGUGCUAUCAUCAGUGGGAAUGGAACAAUUGACAAAGAACUGUCAGCUCGAAUUCAAAAGGCCUCUGGGGCAUUCUAUCAGCUUAGCAGUAUAUGGUACAGUCGCAACAUCAAGACACCAACUAAAAUCAGGAUAUACAAAGCGGCUGUCCUCACUAUACUGCUAUAUGGAAGUGAGGUAUGGAAUACCACUCAGACGCAGAUGAAAAGAUUCGAGGUGUUCCAUCAUAGAUGUCUGAGAAGAAUCCUGAAAAUCAAAUGGUUUUAUCACGUAUCUAAUGCUGACGUACUUAAGCGGGCUAACAUCGCCCCUGUUGAUACUUUCGUACGAGCAGCUAGGCUCCGAUGGUUUGGCCAUGUGGUGAGGAUGCCAGAAGAAAGAAUUCCCAACUAUCUUCUGCACUGGAUCCCAAAACAUGGUAAAAGAUCAAGAGGCAGACCUCGGAAAAACUGGUUGUCAUGCGUCCGGGAGGAUGCAGCAAUCUUCACAGGUGUCGAUAACAUCACGAUAGAAGAUGCAGAACAACAAGCUACAGAUAGGGUUCACUGGAGAGGUCUAAUACACCGGAGAAAGGAGUUACUAUGUGGUGCAGGCCACUCCAACGACUAGGAGGAGACCUUUUCAAGUACAAGUACAAGUAAGUAUUUUAAUCUAUUGUUCUGUUGCCGUACUUGGUUGAAAUAGCGUUUUUGUAAAUUCCAACUUAAUCAACUUAACAUACCACAAAGUAUUCAUAAUCAAUUUGCAUUUCGUAUUAGACAUUAAAUAUUUACAUAACGUACAACUAGGUAAAUAGUAUAUCCAUAGCUAUGAAUAUGAAUUAUAAACAUUGUACGAUAAUAGAUAACUGCAUUUGUUACAAAUAUAAACAAUUUGCAUG